GUCAGCGUCCAGGCCACAGGAGCUGUUCCCCCAACAACAACAACAGCCGCCGCCGCCGCGAUGUCGCAGGACGAGAACCUGCAGGGUUGAGAAAUGCUGGCUUAGAUGAGGCUGGCUGGUUUCCAACUCUCAUUUUCUGUGGCUUCUCGGCAGUUAUGCAAGGCUGCCUGUACAGGAAGCAAUCGUCUCCCUUCUGCCUGAGAGCUGGGGGUUUGGCAGUUUCUUAAACUUGAUGGUGGGCAGUAGCCAUCCUCUGUCACGCGUGCACAGACCGGAUCCAGGCCUCGCAGGGGAUUUGAGAGCACCUUUGUGGAGGAGUCCUGAACGCCCCUUUUUUUGCUGUUUUGGGUCUGUUCCCAGAUACUCUGAUCCCAGAAGCAGUUCGGUCUGAAUCGCAAUGGUCAACACGUGAGAGAAAUGGCUUGUGAGGGACAGUUUCAAGGGAGUUGAGACGCACCGGCCAGUGAUCAUACCUAGUGUUAAUAAGGGGACCCUAGUCCCGGACCAUGACUCAGUUUCCCUGCUCCCCACUGAGCUGGCCAAGAGAUCCUUUUCUCAGAGGAGUGGGUGCAAAUAGAGAAAUCUGCACCUGAGCUGUAUAAAAACCCUCUGCACAGGCAGAAACACGGGAAUCGGGAAAUUACCUCAAACGGCAAAUAGGUUGAGAACCACUGGUCUGGAGGAACUUGCUUUGGCUUCUCCAGAUAAAGGAAAGACCUACAUUAACACUUCUAAAGCAGAGCUUGAUCAUGUCUUCUUGGGUAGAAGAUGGAGCUCUUGGACUUGGUUGUAACUGGGGGUGCUUGGCACUUUCACCUAGGGGCUGCUAAAAUGGAGCUCCUAGCUGAUAUAAACAAGAGGAAACAGAGAAAUACUUUUGAUUUCCACUUGUUUUGGGUGGCCCUAACAGUUACUGUUGUACUUCCUAGCGAUUACUGGUAUACAGAAAUACUUUUACAGUUUAGAAUCAAUCACAAGAACACUUAAUUAUCACUGCUUGUUUUUAAUUUGCAUAAGUAUUCUGACACUGCUCUGAGUCUGAGAAAUUGAGUAGCCAUUUGCAAUUAGAGCUAAAAUGUGAAGUAAUUACCAUUGAGAGAAACCAGAUGACCUGUUUGGGUAUUAGCUUAGCAUUAAGAUUGUGUUCUUGAUGUUUGGAAUGCUUAAAAAAAUAAUUGAAGAUAAUUAGUCUACAAAAAGACUGUCACUUUGUUUGCAAUAGUAAAUACUGUCAACAGAUGCUGUCAGCUUUAUAUCUAAAUGAUCUAAUAAUAAUCACAUCAUUGAGUAUGAGGAUUAAUUAACCUAUAACUCAAUUUUUGGCACAACUUGGACAUUUUGACAGUUGAUCAAAAAUGUUUAUGACUCCCCCCCCCCAAAAAAUGUUUUGACAUGUAAUUAUGGCACUUUCUCUAGUAUGACCAGAGUAUGCACAUAUUGUUUGUACUGUUUGAUGGUUGCUUAUGGGGAAUUGGCCAGCUCACUGUCAAAUGACUUUCUCUUGUCCUUACACAGAAAUCAUAAGAAUAGAUUUUUUCUGUUUUUAAUAGUUAAAUAGUUCAGCUGAAGCAUUCAUAUCUGCAUAUAAAUAGAGGAGCAGAAUGUGAACUGGGGCUGGAGGAGGCACUGGAGAAUGGGAGCCAAAAGAUAUGCUCAAAUGUGCUGAAAGUACAUGAGCUAAGGCCACAGUCAGGGUAGAGCUACUUUAACCUACACAUUGAUGAUAACUCCUGAAAACUUCAGGAUUUCCUGGCUACCUGCAAUUGCAGAGGAAAGAACAAAAGUCAAAGGAUCCUGGGUGGAACUGCACUUCAGCAGCAAUGGGAAUGGCAAUAGUAACACUAUCCAACCAACCAAUCAAGAACAAGUACCAGCCUCUCUUUCUAUUUACAAUGGUGACAUGGAGAAAAUUCUCUUAGAUGCCCAGCAUGAAUCUGGAAGGAGCAGUUCAAGAGAGAGCUCACGUUGUGACAGCCCUCCUCGGUCCCAGACACCUCAUGACAUUAACAAAGCUUCUGAGAUGGAGAGUCACAGCAGUGGAGAAAAGAGUAGCUCUCAGUCUGAAGAAGAUUUUCUUGAAAGAAGGAGAGAAGUAGAAAGACUCUUGAAGAAAAAUUCAGAUUGGAUAUGGGAUUGGUCCAGCAGGCCUGAGAACAUCCCACCAAAGGAAUUCCUCUUUAAACACCCUCGUCGAACUGCCACUCUCAGCAUGAGAAACACCAGUGUGAUGAAGAAAGGGGGCAUAUUCUCAGCGGAGUUUUUAAAGAUUUUCCUUCCAUCUCUGUUUCUCUCUCACUUGCUUGCUGUAGGUCUGGGGAUUUACAUUGGAAGACGUUUGACAACCACAACUUCAACCAGCACAUUUUAAAAGGAUGGUGAAAUUCAGUCUCAAAGCAGCAGGGAUACCCAUCUGGGAAUACAAAACAGUGAAUCACAGAAACUUCUGAAUUUGCAAAGGUUACAUGACCUGUGUGCAUUUGUUUUGUAAAAUGUUGUGUUCCUAGUUUAGUAGUAGAGUGGGAGAAGAGACACUAAAACCAAGCUAUUAUAAAUAGUUUUUUGGAUCAAUUCAUAAAGCAUGCUUCAGACUGAUUAACAUCUACUGUAAUGUAGAGGGAGGCAUUGUUGAAAAUUGAAGAACUCAGUGUUAAGAACAGAUGAAACCUUAGCUUUUAUAUAUCGUACAGAUUGUGAUGUAGCUAAUCAUCCAUCCAAAGUACUGUUUCUUUAUACUCUGUAAAAAGUAAAUAUCGCCAUUAUUAAAGUAAUCAUGACAAUCGGGGGUUAGUCCAAAAGCUGUGGCAUUACAUACAAUAUUUUGGAGAAUGUUGGUGCUUCAUUUGAGGAGAGACACAUCAUUUACUUAACAUGUCAUUUGUCUAUUUUACAGAAAACAGACAUGAAAUGUUAAGACGCAUUAGAUGCUCAGCUUCUGUAAAUUUUAAAGUUUAAAUUUUAAAAUGAAUUUUAAAUUGCAAAGUUUACAGUCUGGUCCACAACAAGUCUGUAUUAAAAUUUGGACCUUCGUGCCUAAUGAAUCAUUUCCUUUUUCAGUUGCUGUUCUCAUUUUCAAAUUAAUUAAAAUUCCCGUUGCUGUGUCUUCUUGCAGAAUACAGCUUUUUUUAUUUUCAAUUUAUGAAAAAAAGGAAACAAUCUGUUUCCCUUUUCAGGUGGUUUUGUUCCUAUAUGGAUCCAAAGCAGGCAGUAUGUUUGUUUCUGUGUUUAUUUGUACUUACAAAACCCAUUUUAAUUCAGGUGUUUUAUCUUCAUUUAGUGAAAUGGACAAAAAUAAUCUUUGCCAUAUCCUUUGGAGGUUUUAUGUAUUUAAAUAAAGUGUUUUCUUGUGGAUUCAGAAUGGGUUCACCAUCUUCUUUUUCCCCAGUGUUGAAAAAUAAUUUCUGAAGGUUAGAGAUUAAGAGGCACUAUUUCACUGUCAGGGUAGCUAGGAUCUGGAACCAACUUCCUAAGGAAGUGGUCCUCGCUCCUACCUUGGGUAAAUGAAAAAAGAGGUUAGAUGAUUACCUGUCUGGGGUCAUGUGAUACCAGCGUGUGCUCCAACCAGUGGCGGGGGGUUAGACUAGAUGAUCUAUUCAGGUCCCUUCUGACCCCUAACUACUAUGAAACUAUGAAAGCUGAAUCUUUGAUAGAGUCAAGGUUAUUUUUAUGGUAUGUGCUGUUCUUUUAAAUACUUUGCAGAUAUUUACAUCUAAUUAAUUAGUAUUGGAAAAAAAAUAAGUCAAAUUUAUAAUCAUAGAAAAUAAGGGUUGGAAGGGACCUCAGGAGGUCAUCUAGUCCAACCCCCAUAAUGUAGAAUGAACACACGCUGUCUGAACCAGCACAGUACACGUUGCUUUCAUCUGUUUGCAGUAUCAUCAUUUAAAAAUAAAUUUGUUUUUUUACUUUUGGUUUUAUCACUUUUGGGGGAAGUCAGGACUUUUUUUGUACUUGGAAUGGAACUGAAAUUAAUAUGGCUUUUUGUAAUGCCUCCAUUUAUGAUUAACAGUGAGCACCCUAUACUAUAAUAGUUUUCAUGCUGUACCCUUGAUGGGGUAUCACAGCUAGGGGAAUAGUCUACUGCUGCAAAGCAAAACAGUGAUAUUAAACCCCUGGGCCAAAUUCUGCAGUUACACACAUACUUAACCUUCCUUAUGAGUAGUCUGUUCGAGGUCAUUGGAACUCUUCAACUAUAUGAAGUUAAGCACGUGCAGUACUAGGAGGAUGAGGGCGUAAUGUUGUACUGAAUUUCUUUAUAUUUUAUUAAUCUUCUCAACAGGAGAUUCAUCAGAUUUAUUUGGCUUCUAUAAAUAACCUUUUCCAUCAAAUAGUAAAUCUUUGAAAAUAGAUACAACUGAGAACCUAAAACCUGACACGAUUUAAUUAUUAAAACCCCAAUUGAGGUUUUUGAAAGGGAGUACCAGUACCUCUAAAGUUCAUUCCAAAGCCAAAGUUAGGGUAGAAUUAAACCACUUCUUUUUAUUACCCUGACUUACUGAGGAUACUCAAAAAUCAAUGCACUUUUGUGUAAUAACUUAGCACCAAUUAUUUUGGGUACUUUUAAAGGAAGAGUAAGCCAAUAAAUUUCUUAUUGGCUUAGACAGCAUCAAAUAAACCUAUAUCUUGCAACGGUACUUUUACUUGUAGCCCCAGUCAGCUUGCAUGAAUGUAUGUACAUAUUGAAUUUUAUGUAGCUGGGAUUCUUAAAAAACACUUUUCCAGUGGUGUUAGAUUAACAGUUCUUGAUUUGCUUUCAUGUUAAAAAAUGUAGUGCAUUAAAGUUCCUUGUAUUUAAAUAGAUUCUGACCUAAUUAGAGUGAUAUUUUUAAAAAGUUUAACAGGUGUUGUUGAAUGCAUUUUCUGGUACCGCAGAAGUAACAUUCAGUUAAAUACUGUUAUUAUGUAUUGAUUGUAUGAAAGCACCAGCCAUUAAUAAAAAGUGAGGCAAUGUA